CCUCCACGCCUCUCUCCCUCAUGUCCCCCCGCCAGAGCGCCUCCUUCGAAGACGACAAGGAGAAUGUCCUUGUCGAUUCGGCUGCUGUCGACGCCCUCCCUGAGCGGUCUCCCGAGACUGCCAUCGUCAAGCGCUAUGGUCGCUUUGGACCAAUCCUUGAGCGUAUUUUCGCGAGCGGCGUCGAGGCGAGGGGAGUAGAGCGUGUGCCAGAGGAUGAGCGAUCGACGAAGAACAUGUACAACAACUUUUUGAUGUGGUGUUCGGUCAACUGCGUACUCACGACAAUUCCAAUUGGAGUAUUGGCGCAAGAGUAUUAUUCGCUGACUCUCCCACAUGCCAUUGCCACCAUCUUGUGCUUCGGUGCACUGGGUGCCCUCUCUGUGGCAUUCAUCAGCACGCUUGGUCCGAAGACUGGCUUGCGCACGAUGAUCAUCACUCGCUAUAGCUCUGGCUAUGCUGGCGGCAUCAUUUACUCCAUCCUCAAUAUUCUUACUCAGCUUGGCUUCUCCGUCACAGCUGUCAUCCUCGGUGGUGAGACGCUUGCCUCCAUCAACCCUGGGACGCUUCCGCUCGUCGUAGGCAUCAUCAUUGUCGGUAUAUGCAGUCUCGUGCCAUGCUUCAUCGGGUAUGAGAUGGUGCAUAUAUACGAACGAUACGCGUGGAUGAUCAUGAGCAUCGUGAUGUUGUUCCUAUGGGGUCUUGGAGGCCGCGCCGGCUUCGACAUCAAUACGCAAAAGCCGCUUGAGGCGACCGGCCGGGCACUUUCCGGCGACAUCCUGACCUUCGGCGGCAUCGUAUUCGGGUCCUUCUCUGGUUGGGCGCCGGUAGCCGCGGAUUACAACUGCAGAUUACCUGCGGACACGCCGCCUCUCAAGGUCUUCUUCCUCACCUUCUUUGGCCUUAUGGUCCCGGUUUGCUUCGUCGAGAUCCUCGGUGCUACACUCAUGACCAUCAGUGACCCUGCCUUUACGGAUGUCAUCGCGGCCGGCGAUACGGGAGGUCUGCUCUCACAGGUCCUUUCGCCAUGGAAGGGUGGAGGAAAGUUCGUUCUUGUCUUGCUCGCGUUCUCUGUGGUCGCGAAUAACAUCCCGAAUACCUACUCCGCUGGCAUCUCCGUACAAGCGCUCGGGCGCCCGUUCGCGAUUGUGCCGCGGUUCGUGUGGGUUUUCCUCGCAUUCGUCACGUACACUGUCGCGGGUGUUGCUGGGCGCGAGCAUUUCUCCGAGAUCCUGUCGAACUUCCUGAGCAUCCUGAGCUACUGGACUGCGUUCUUCAUCGUUAUUGUCGCAGAGGAACACUUUAUCUUCCGCAGGAAGAAUGGUCCGCUCGGCGGGUAUAACCUGGAUGACUACGAUACGCCUAGCAAACUACCGAUAGGUUUCGCUGGAAUUCUUGCGGGCUGCUUCGGCGUUGCGGGCGCUGUUGUUGGCAUGUCUCAAGUCUGGUAUACAGGGCCACUCGGUAUGGACGCAGGUGCGGAUGGUUACGGCGCAGAUCUUGGCUUCGAGCUUUCUGCCGCAUUUGCCGCAUUUAUGUUCCCACCAUUACGCUGGCUUGAGAUCCGACUUACGGGCAGAUAGCACUAGCAUGACUGGAAUGCGUACUAUUUAUCUCGAUAUAUCUCGAUCUCAGUAGAGGGUGGCUGUUGUAUUUUGCGUAGACAUAAUGGAGUAUUGUAUCCACUGGUAUGUUCCAUUGUCGUACUGAUCGA